CUGCGAUCAUAUUUAUAUUAACACUUCACAAGUGGGACUGUGUAAUCAUUUAUUUUUUAAAAUAUAAAUCUUAAAAUUAGUGAAAUCUAGUUACUGCCCUAUUUUUGAGGUUUUUAAAAGGCAAGAUAGAAAUUCAAAUUACUUCGCUAAGAAAUUUAUAUACAUAGGUAAUCAUCUUUUAAGAGUGGAUUUAUUCAGUAAUUCAGUAAUCUUCAAUUGUGUUUUUUUUUUAAAUAAACAUGAACAAAAUAUUGCGAGGAGUUAUCAAAUAUAACAAAAAUGUUGCUGACAGGGUCAAGUUUGUGUCGGAUAUGGAAAAGGUCACAAAACAACUGGUUCAGGUAAUAGUUAUAAUGAAGAUAAAUAAAUUUGAAAUUUACUUGUAAUUCUCUUUUGAAGUAAUUUAAACUUAAGAUAUUUUAUAAUAAGAAGUUAAAAAUAUGAUUUCCAAAUUAUUUUGAAAUUAAAAAAUUAAGAAGAUAUUGUAAUUUCUAUUGUAUUUUACAAGAAAGGUCCAUUGCUACAUUAAUAUAUAUUCAUCAUUUACUUAAAUAUUUGAGAAAAUAAAUGAAUUUAUUUCUUUGGUGCCUAAAAUUUCUUCCUGGGCAUUUGCAUCUGGAUUUAUUUUAAAUAAAAAAUGGGCAUACUUCAAUUGUUUUAUCGAUAUACUUUCAGCCUAAGUCUGUGUUUGUUAGCUGCAUGGACUGUCGUGUUUUGCCAUCCAAGUUUGUAAGCUCAAAGAUCGGAGAAAUCUACUUCCUCCGUAAUGCUGGCAAUAUGGUCCCGCACUAUGAUGCUUACAUUGCUGGGAGCAUCAGCUCAGAGGGCGGUGGCCUUGAACUUGGAUGCAUCACAAACAAGAUUCGAAAUGUUGUUGUCUGCGGACAUUCUGAUUGCAAGGUAUUUAUCAUUAAAAUAAUUAGUUACGCAUGUGCAUUCUAACUGUAGUUCAAAUAUGAGUGAGCUUUAACUGCUAAGUAUAUGCUUGCCCAGAUUGUGCAUGGUAAUUAAGAGAUUUUUGUGGUAGUUAAGUUAAAAGUUAAGAGAGAUAAGAGUUUAAACCUAUUUUUGUUUUCCUACAGGCUGCCUAUGCUCUGUUUGACAUAAGGAACAAGUGUGACCACACCCACUACCUGCACAACUCCCCUCUAAGGACAUGGGUGGCUCUUCAUGGCGUGAGAACCGUGGAUAAAUUCUCCCAGCUGUACCCAGACAAUGUGGAGCAUCCAGAAGUCUUCGAUUCGACCGAGCCAAUGGUUUUUCCAGUCAACCUCGGCGGGCAGGAUAUCGACGCUAUCAUCGAUCCAGAAAAUAAGUUUUGUAUCCAAGAUAAGUUUUCACAGGUAUGAGAUCCGUCUUUAGACAUAUUUACGGCCAGUCUCUGUUGUUAGCGUAUCUUGUUUGUGGUCAACACACAUGAUACAUUUUUCUCUUAGUUGUAAGAUCUGUCAAACUGGCACAUGCAACAGUUUAAACUAUCCUCACACAAUUUAACACAUGAAUGUAUUUUUUUUUUAAAAAUAAGAUCAAGGUCUCAAUUUUUGUUUCACAAAACUAUAAAUUGUAAAAUAACACAAAUAUUUUGCUUUGAGACAUUUUAGCUAAAGCUAAGUUAUUAAUUAAGCCAUGUUUAUGGCAUUUCAGUGCAGUAUGUAGUAUUGAUCUUAAAGGCUAUUUUUUUUUUUUAAGCCAUGAAUGAAUUUUGCUUCAUUUCAUGGAACACAAAAUUUGAUAACCAUUCUUUAAUGCUUGCGCGCAUAGCUUUAGAAAAUUGAGGAUAAAUAUUGUACACAUCACAUGUGCAGCACCACAUGUUACAUGUUGUCAGAGCUGAAACACACAUGUAUUACUACUUCUUACACAUAGCCACACAAACCAAAUAUAAGAUUUGACGUAUCUAUUCAGAUGCACAUCACAUACACUUCAAACACUUUUAAACGUGGUCACACAAUAUAUGCAGAUGGAGCUGGUCCAGAUGGGACUGUUGUUAUGUCCUAAUGGUGCUGAUGCCUGUUGUUGCUAGUUGUUACCCUGGUUUUUUUACCUAACCCACAGCUUCACUGCCUGGAACAGGCCAGCCAUGUAAAAACCUACCCCAUGUUACGUGAGCAUCUUAUCUCAGGAGAUCUCCACAUCCACGCUAUGUGGUUUGAUGUGUACACAGGGAACGUCUACAUGUUCAGCCCAUCACGGCGCACUUUUAUACUUGUGGAUGACAACAGCAUUGAAACCUUGCUGCAGGACGCUGCUGAAUAUGGUACUCAGGCAGCCGAUGACUGACCACCGCCCACCGUUACAAGGCUCACAGUUUUCUCUGUGUUAACCUUAAUUAAAUUCUAGAUAAUAAGUGUCCUCUGUGUUAUGGUUAUGUUCUAUGGAUUGACUUUAGCUACAUUCAAAUAAUGCAUUGAUUGAAUCUUCACUUACAAUACAUCUAAAUUUAAAAUACUGGGCUAAAGGAGUGAUUUUUUUCUAAGCCUCGUAAGCCCUUAAAAAAAAAAUUAAUAUCCUUUUCCUAACGAAAUUAUAAUAACACCAUAUAAAUAUAUUUUCAUUUUUAGUUCUGUUAAUGGUUAAAACUGUUGAAUAUGGUAUUUUAAAAAAACAUAUCCAUUCUUAUAUUUUUAUGUGCAUCCGUUGAUGGAUAUCUUUUUUAUUUGUUGUGUGACACCAGAAAGCAGAUUGCAGUGGUUCUCAUGAGUCUGUGAUGCAUUCAAGUUAAUGUGAGGCUUUUUAUUCUUAAGAUCCUCCAGUGUCUCACACUUAUUUUUAAAAAAGAAAUCCUCCAUAGUUUUUUUCCGCAAGAAAUAAAAUAUUACUGAAAUUUCUUAAAAAUCACAGACGAAAACAGCAUUUGCAAAAUUAAUUGCUGGUGAAAAGUGUCAUGAAUGGGAUGAAAGAAGACUAGAUCUAUGUUUCCAGAAGUGGCGUUACCUGGUUUAUGGGAGGAAGGUGACAGCCCCCACGUAAACAUUAUUUUUUAAAUGUCCUAUUCGGCCUUUGUCAUUCCUUAGUGUCUUUACAACUAUUUACUUUUUAGAUUUAGAGUCCAGGAACAUAAUAUUCAGAAUUUAGUUCAUUUCUUUUGAAAAAAAAUUUUUUAAGCUCAGUAUUAUUAUCAAUCCCUCAUGGAAUGGAUGACCAUUUUUAUAAGGGUGUUCCACUGCUUAAAUCAUUUUGUGUAGUGGCUGUUUUGAAAUUUCCCACCACUGAUCGGUUUUGCAUUAAUUUUUUUUUGGUAAUAAUAAAGUGUUAAUACUCGUAAUAGUGAUAGUUAAAUGGCUACAAAUAGAAAGUUAAAAAUUAACAUCUACAAGGUUAGAAAGGAAAACGGAAAUUCUAGAAAUUUGCAUGCUAAAAAUUUGAGUUCUAAAAAAAGUUAAAAGUUUCACUGCACACUUUUUAUCAUAAUUUACAAUUUUUUUUAGUUAAUGCCCAAAUUGUUGCCGGCAUGCCAUAUUACUAGGCCAUUCUUUACUCUGGUCUCUUGAUUAUUCUUUUUCGUGUUCGUCCCAGUAUUUUUAAGCGAUUUUGGACUUUUCUUAACAUUUGCUCAAACAGAGAUAGUGCAAUAUUAAAAUGAAGUUUUAUUUCGUCGUCUUUAAGUUUUAAUUUAAUUUAAAAAUUGACCUAAACUUACAUUAACAUUUUUUUUUAAAUUAUGGUGAAAGGAUCUGAAACAAAUUGUCAAGAUAUUUAUUAUUAGUUACUGAUCUUAUAAUAGGUAUUGGUCAUGAUAUUUGUUUUACCUACCACUGUUAUAACUCAAUAUUGCACAUACAGUCCUGUCCAUAAGUUUAGUGAACAAUCCCAAGUACAAUACAGACUUAUACAUAUCUUAACCAGAUCCACACACGGUCCUGACUAAAUUAUUCAGAUCAAAUGAAAUAUGCAAAUUAGUAUUCUGUAUUAAUGAAAGUGAAUGUUAUGCUCUUUGCUUUCCAAAUACCAUCAUCUUUUUAAUUGGGAGAUGUUUGCCGAUUCUUAGGUGUUUCAUUUUUAACAGUGAUUGUAAUUCGAUUUUUUUUUUUAAUGUUUGGUUUUAAAUAUUUUAUUAUAAUUAACAGUUUUCUUGGAUACUUUUCAGAACUUUCAGGAUUUUUCAGAAGUUUUUUGUUAGCCUUACUUUAACCAGUAAAAUUUCCUGGAGGUACUUGAUUUUUUAUUAGAAAAUGUAUAUCGACUCUUAGUUGUUCCACCUUUAUUUUUUAUUUUUUUAAUUGGCUCUUAAAAAAUAUUUUUAUUGGAUAUUUUUCAGUUUUUCUCAUACAUUUUUUGUUAGCCAUGCAUUAACCAGAAGAGGAAAUAAGAAUGUGAACUACUCUUUUAUUUAAAUUUUAAGCUUGAAAGUUUGUGGUUUUUACUAUACCGGUGUGCAAAACUUGUGUAUUAUACCGGUGUGCAAAAUUUGUGUUUUAUCAUAUCGGAAGUUUUACUGUACAUCAAGUCUCUUACUAUUUAAAUUGGUAUAACUGACUCUUUUUCCAAACAAAUCCAAGACAAAAUUGUUCGAGGGGCUGCAUUCAGCCAUCAGUAGGUCAUGCUUAGAUGUAAAUAGUAUAAAUAAUUACUUUAAUGUGGGUUCGGGUUUCUCUGGUGUCUAUUGUAAAACCAUCUCACAUCAUCAUCUGACUCAUUCACCUGCAAACAUUGUUUAACCAUCAGGCAUCAUUUGAUCCUCUACCAUCAUUUGACUUUAAAGCAUUGUUAAACCAUCAACUGGAUCAUCGACAGAUACUACAAUCCGUCGACUAUAAAAUUUUGUUUACACGUCAAAUUUCAUUUAACCAUCAAACAUCAUUUGAAUAUCAAACAUCAAUUGUCCAUCAAGCAUCAAUUGUCCAUCAAACAUCAAAAUUGACCAAGAAACAUCAUCAGACUAUCAAACAUCCAAUCACACAUUCAUCUGCUCUUAAUUUGUUGUUUGACUGUGUAUUGUAUUUGUACCAGCUUCCAAUCAAUAUAUUAGUGAAACUUAAUUUCCCUAAUUAUCCAAGAGUUCCAUUUUUAAAAAAAAUAAACUGGUUUUAUAAUUUUAUAUGAUCUGUUUUAUAUUAUGUUGUUGUUUAAGUUGAAAAUUUAAUUUUAUUCCGUUAGUGAAACUUGGGCAUGAUGAUUUCUCUCUCAGCUGAUAAAUUGUUCUCAGCGUUAGUCAAUAAAUUUUGAAUCAACAAAUUCUUCAUUUUCUUUACGUCUCAUUUUACAUGGAAGAGAAAUUGUUGAUUGCAUUUUUUUUUUAAAUAAAGCAUACAC